AACCGCUACACCAUAAUCACGUCGUUUCGCCAUCUCUAUUGGCAAGCAAAUGCGUUGCGACGUCAUUGGUGGCUGAAUCCUCUCUAUUCAACCGCUGAAUGAUAUCAAUUAACGUGUUUCGUGUGGACAAAUUUAAGAAAAACGAGAAUUUACAUUGCCGAUAUUUGCAUAGAAGCAACACUGUGGUAUAGCUUAUUGAUGAUCUCCUCAUCAUCGUGGGUGCUGUUAACGCGACAGCCGUAGGUGAAGUAUAACGAAGUGUUCGAGUCGUGUCUGGAGUAUCCAGGCGAGAAGGGUCAAGAACGACCAGUGCGACAAGCGGUGAUGGUUUUUUUUUGUUUGUCGAUGUUAUGCUGAUGCUGUCGUGAUCGUACAAGUUUUAGAUUAUUUAUUACGAUUGGCGUAACUUAUCUAUAAGUUAAACUUGUCCUCGAUUGGUCUAAAUGUGUGUGCGUGUACGGUUUGUAGGGAGUCGUGAACACUGAAUUGUGUAGUUUGCUGAUUUUAACUAUCGACUUGUUGUUAUUGAUAGCUUUUCUCUGCUUGGUCUGAUGGCGACGGUUGGAGGGAAAUUAAUGGUGUCACAGAAUGUAUCGUGAUACGAGACGGAUCAUGGCCGACUCAAAGAAGCUUGAGGAUCCUCAGGAGAUCACAGACGAAAUGAAAGAAAAGUUGUUGUUAAAUCUAUUUAAUGACAGCGUUGAGGGCAAAGUCGAUCAGUCAACGCAACCCGGUACAGAAAACAACCACAAUAGUGUCGAUAGCCAUGAUUUCCUUAGUGGCAAUGCCAUGAGUUCGUCAGAAGAUGGCGAUCAAUCGAUUCAAACUAGGAGCAAAAGAAAUACGGGAACUAAAUUUGAAAGUGAACCUAACCCCAACGAGCAAAGUAAGCCUCCGACAAACCCGAUUGCCGAAUUUGAAGAGGAAUUAAAAACGACAGAAGAAGGUCUCAGCGAGGAACAAUUAAAGGAUCGACACAAACGAUCUCAACAGAUAAAAGGCGACGCUAACAAUCUGUAUAAAAAUGGACUUUAUGGGGACGCGGCGGCAAAAUAUUCAGAGGCCCUGGAACUAUGUCCCCUGCGAGAAGAGAAGUUGCGAUCUGUGCUGCUUGCAAACAAAGCUGCCGCUCUUAUGGGACAAUCGAACAACAAGGAGGCGCUUCCUUAUCUUAACAGAGCUCUAGAGCUGGACCCUGAUUACUUGAAAGCCCUCGAACGGCGGGCUCGUCUUAAUAAAAUUCUAGAUAACCUCGACGACGCACUACGGGACUACGAAAAAUUGCUUGAAAUGAAACCCAAACAUUAUGAUUAUAUAUCGAAUGCAAGAGAACUUCGAGAACGUAUUCAUGUGCGAAACGAAGAGAUGAAGCGGAACAUGAUAGAUAUGCUUAAGCAGCUUGGUAACGUGUGUCUCAGGCCAUUUGGCCUAUCGACAGACAACUUCACAAUGGUUCCUAAUGAAAAUGGCGGAUACAACCUCCAAAUGAGCGGGAAGCAUCAGCAAUAAUUAAGCAUAGUCCAUCUAUUAUCAGUUUUGAACAAGCCUUAGAAGCUUGGUGCAAGUAUUUUAAGGUUUGUAAAAACGUGAUUGCUUUAGUCGUAUGUACAUUUAAUUUAUAUGGCAUAAUAUGUGGUUACGUUUAAGGGUAUUGUGAAGGAGUUGGUAGAGAAAUGCUGGGGGACCAAGAUAAUGCCGUUAUUCGCACCCUGGCGUCGGUGCGGCCUCUAAUGUUCGAACUCAUAACUGAGGCAGGCAUCAUUAUCGGCCUGGCUGUAACGAAGCGCCAUAAGCUACACGAUCCCCUAACGUACAACUUAAAAAAGUGCAGAAGGUAACAUCCUAUUUUUAGCCAGCAAUGUGGGUAGCUCGUGGUGUUUUACUCUACCUCGUCCCAUCAAUCGACAGAUACGUUUGUUGAUAUAUAAUUAAACAACGAAAUGGAAAUAAAUAGUCGUUAUUUAAUAUUAUUCUGGCGUGAUGUUGAGUUUACAUCGGAUGGUAGGUACGGCUACUUGUUGGCAAGGUAACACAUCUUACAAACAAAAAGUUUUCUUUGAAUGAAAUUUCUGUUCAUAUAUAAAUAACUUUUAAAUGGAGGUAAAAGCUGAUCGUGAGUGAGAUACAUAUCUUUUUGGCGAAAAGUGGCGCAAGAACAUGUUAUCACGCGCUAAAUGCGGAACGCAUAACCAAAGCGUAUAUUCGC